AGCAGACUGUUCACCUUCAAUGUGAGCAUGGAUAAAGAAGUCAAACAUGAUGAGAUAUGUAAAGUGUUGAACACUGAGCAAAAGAAGCAUCCUUCUCUGGGACAAACAGUUCUGGCCAAGCCUUGGGACUCUGUGGAGUCAGACACAGAGAGCUUGGCCCAAGAGAGAGUUUACCAAAAGCAGCUACAAAUGCGUAUUGGCCACCAUGACCAAAUUAAAUACAUACAGCCUCAAAAGGAGAACACUGACAGCUUACAGCUGGGAGAGGAAGAGGAUGACAAUUCAGAUGAUGAUGAAACUGAAGAUCUUCAGGUUUAUGAUAGCCUUGAUGUAGCAACACACCCCCAUGCCAAAAGGAACCCCAGCCUCUUACAGACAGAAUAUUUGGACACACAAAUAGAUGAAAGACAAGAAACAAGCCAGCUGUCCAGUGAUGAUGCCUAUUCUGACCUACGCUAUGACCCCAACUGGAGGACCAACCUGAGGGGAGCUGGCUGCUUCCAUGACAACCCACAGAUUUCCAUUGAGGAAUAUUACCAAGUCCCAAAAGAACAAUCCAGUCAGUCGUGUGGUGACACGCAGGGACUGGUAAUAAAAGGAGGGUACAGAUACAUUGUUGACACAAGUCCAUCUGUGGUGAUGACUCCUCAUAUGGCUGGCAAUGAGUUUGACCAGCCGUACCGCCUACACUCACCAGAUGAUCAGACGAGCUCAGUAACAUCUCCCCACAGCCAUGCUUUACAGCUUCCAUUACCAGAGGCUGACCACUUAAAGCCACCCUGCUUUUUCAAUAAAAAUGAAAGUGACAGAGCCUUACACAAAGGAUUCAGAAACAAGCAUGAAAAUAGCUAUGACAAUGCUGGGGGAAAUAUUAUCAGAUCUCCUGGGCUGACCAAGGAUAUGCAUGCUAUGUCCAUCCAAGAAUUUAAGACCUACCAACAGCAAGAACGGAGACAAGGAGGACCCCCUGGAAAACAGCAAACGUGCACAUCCACAAUUUCCAAGGUCCCACAUAGUAAAAAGCCAGAAAGACUGACAGAGGACAUGGUGGAACGCAACAAAAUAACCCUGGGGCGCAACACAUCCAAAUGUGGCUCCUACAUGCGUGUGCAUGCACUUAAGCAGGAGACGUCACAUAAUGUUAGAAAGGUGCAUGAAACUCCUAAGGAGACAACCAGCGCAGAAAGUCAAGAGGACAGUGCAGACCCUGACCAGAUGUGGCUCCAGAAAACUCAACAGUUGAGGGUCACCCAGAUCAGGGAUGGGAAGAAAGCCCAGCGGAAACAACACCCCAAUCCCCCUGAACAGCAGCAGCACCCUGCCCGGGGGGUCAAAGCUGAGGGGGGGGACAGUCUGAGCUCCCCAUUGGCAAGUCCAGCUGCUGUUACCCAGCCAGAUCCUCAGACGACGACCUCAUCGCAGCCUUUGCUCCCCGCCAUGCACCUCAACAUCCUGCUCAACACUUCAUCCCAUCUCCUUCCAUUCAUCCAGCAGAGGGACCAGGAUGACAUCAUCGAGUUAGCAUCACUUCAUGGCUGUCCUGACUGGAGCCCUGCAUCUGAAGUUGGACUCACCUUGUCCCCUGGAUGUCAACAAGCAAAUCCAGGAAAGUCCUACCAGAAGUCUCAGAAAGGGGUAAAAGCACACCUUCGCAACCGAAACCUGGAGAGUAGGCCCAAACAAUGGCAAAGGACACCUGCAUUAGAGGGGCCAGUAUCCUGUGAAGAAGGGGACCAGAAGUGGAUUCCAAAUGAGAGUUACACUAAGCAAUUUCCACAAAACUUCCCAAGGACACCCACCACCCCUUCGUCACUGGGUUCAGGUUGCUACACAGUUUUGCCCCCUAUACGACAGUCAUUGAGAGGAGCGGAGUCUGAGCUCAGCCCUGGUCAGAGUGUAAAAACAGCCUACCCCAUCCAUAGAAGCAGCUCUGACGGCUAUCUUGUUCAGAUGGAGAAACAGAAGCAGCUGAGGGCAAGAGUCACUUACAAGGCAUACAGUCUUAAAGACUACACGCAGCUGAAAUCAGAUAUAAAUCUGCGAGGCCUGGGUCCUGACUACAAAGCCAUUGAAAAGACUGCUGAGAAAAUGAAACGACAGAAGCUGUAUUCAAAUGUGAUCCGCGAGCAGAACAAAAACAUAAGGAGGAUUCCCUUUCUACUGGCCAAGGACCCGGAAGGCAAUGACAAGAAAGUUCCCAGGAUAAAGGCUUUGGAAUAUGCUAAGACCAUUGCCAAACCUCCUGUACAGUCUCAACCAAAAGAAAGACAGAAACACCAGUCUGAAGACUUCACUGAGCACGCUCUUUACUUGGAGGACUUGGACAUCUCCCAGCUGGCCACACUGGAAAUCCUAAGAAAACGGCAUGAGAAAGAGAAGCAGGCUGUUGCACGACUCAGAAAAGUACAUGCUGUCUGAGGCAAGAUACAAUUUGUCCACCAGUGUUCUCAUUGAAAUUUGUACUCCAAGAUGUAGGACACAACAUGCUGCCUCAUAAAAUUUGCAAGGCCUUGUGUCACAUUGACAUUCAUUACCACUUACAUGUUCACACAUUUUUCAAAAUCAUUACAAAGAGAUAAAGAUAAUCUUUAAGAAGAUUGGCAGCCUCAGUCAGUGUUACUUUUAAAAUUGUGUGUCACCAC